GUGAUUGAAGAUAAUUAUUAGUAUAAUUAUCUCUUAAAUACAACGGAGUAUAAGGGGCACAAUUAGAAAAAAAAACGUUUUUAAAUCUUAAAGAAUAAAGUUAUUAUUUGGGAGAAUAAAGUCAUUAAUAUCAGUAUUAAGUCGUAAAGUUACCUGUUGUGAAGGAGAGUUGUUAAAAUCAGCACUGUGGAGCAUUUAGAUGAAUUGUACUUUAGUAUAGGUUUCACAAACAUGGAGAUACUUAAUCCUUUGGUACAUGAGCAUUACACUGUCAUGAGUAUCAGAACUUAUAUUUGAGAUAUAUGAGAAAUGCUGCUUUUGUGGAGGGGAAAAUGGCUGGAAAUGGCUGUACAGAGACUAAAUCCGCCAAUACAGCUGUUAAUAGCAAUAGCAUAGGGCUUUAGUUUAUCAUAUGAGUUUAUCUGCCAUGAGGUGUUGAGGUCUCUGCAUGUGAAGGUUACUGACUUACUGUAAUCAUCGGGUCUAUCUCGUCCUUAUAAAAACCUGCUCUAUUACGGCGAGUGUCUGUCUUCUUCUGUAGUCAAACCGCAAGAUAUCAAAAUCUACCCGGAUACAGCAAUACUGCUUUUUUAUUGGCUGUUCAGUAGAUAUACUUUAUUUGAUUGGCUUGCGCGUGGCACGCAGCUUCUGAACUCUCGGACGAACUCAGUUGAUUCCUACCUGUUCCAUAGUUUAAGAGGUGCAACUUGGCGGACAUCACCAUGUUCAUUUAAAUGCGUGAGGUGUGUGGCGUGUGAGCGUGUGAACGGGUGGGAAUGCGUGUGUCACACGCUGAAUGCGUGAGACUUGAGAGCCCUGCAUUUGUAAUGCCGGGCUGAGGAGUUGUCAAGAGCGAAACUGUGUUUGAAGCUCAAGCCCUAGUAUAAGAGAACCUUUUUUAAACAUCUAUUGAACUGAUCUUUUACAAAAAUCUUUUUUUUUUUUUGCAUUGUCAUGGUUAGUUUUACAGUGCUAAAAAAUUCCAGAGAUUUGACCUUGCAUGUAAUUAUUGGAAUAUGUUAACACCUCAAAUAUGAAAAGAGGAGAGAAAAGAGAGAAACACUAAUGGCGUCCUUUACAGCAAUUGCCCUUCAAAUGUAAAUAAAAACAAUAAAUAAAUCACACCAUCACAUGUGUGUAAAUGUAAAACAGGUGAACUGUGUGUCACAGUAGCUGGUCGAGUCUGUCAGGGAAGUUACUCCAAAUGUUGGAUGAUGCUAUGAAAAAGAGAGGGAUGAAUGAAUAAAUAAAUAAAUAAAUAAAGGUCAGCUACACAUCCCCUCAAAAAUCCGAGAAGGUGCAUUUGUCAUGGGAUUUUAGUGUAUUUUCUCUCUGAUGCGGACAUAGCUGAAAUAAAUCCCAGCUGUGGCUGGCCCACAGACUAUUCCCUCACCUUUAUGCUUCAGCUGUGGGUUUGAGGUUAGAGUCCAGACCGAAGGCAGGCCGGCAAAGAGAGUGCAGAGAAACUGGGAAAAUUAGUUUCAGAUAAACUCAUUUUGUCGUGUAGGUUAAAAAUAGACAUCACUUCAGUGAGAGAGUUUGGUUCUCUAUCACGCCUGUCGGUGGGUUAAAAGGAGUUUCUCACAUGAUUGACACAUCACCCAGCUAAUGCCACUACCCUUUAAAGGCGGGUCGAGUGCUAAAUCGACCAAUGACAACAUUCCUCUAUGCUUGCGCAGUAACGAGGAAGUUAUUUUAAAGCCAAUCGACGUACUUAAUUUAUGGUCAUGGUAGAGGUGGAAGCUGAGGCUAAAAACUUCAUCGGAAGCUCUGGUGGUGUCCCUCUUUCCACACCAGAAUGUACACAUGUGUCCGAGCAUGGCUACCUCUCCUGUUUCUUCUUUCACUGGCUCUUCCUGUCUUAACAAGAAGAGGUAAUGUUUGUAUCGUAACAUUUGGAAAUAUCAUGAAGUGUGCACAGUUUGUGUAAAUGUCAUGUGUGAAGCAGCUUCUUAGAGGGUUGCGUAAUGCUGCUGUUUGUCACCAGCCGCGACUCAAACAGCAGAGGGUGUUUGAAAUCACUGCUGUCAAGUUUAUUCAAAAAUAAAAAUAAAAACAGCAGAAGGUGGAUUCAACCCUGACUUUGUUUGCUUUUAGAGAGGAGAAACGUUCUUCUCAUCAUGGCAGAUGACUUACGGACGUCUUUGGGCUGCUAUGGGGACCCCGUGGUAAAAUCCCCCAACAUUGACCAGCUAGCAUCCAAAAGUCAAGUUUUUCUCAAUGCAUACGCUCAGGUCAGUCCGCUGGUGGAUGCUGAUCCCGGAGUUUCUAUUACAGACAAUUUGGCUGUGAGACCUUCAGGAUCAUUAACCUCGUUCAAUCAUGUACUCCUGUGUUUCAGCAAGCUGUGUGUGCUCCCAGCCGUAUCUCUAUGUUGACUAGUCGCAGACCCGACACGACCAGGCUCUACGACUUCAACUCCUACUGGAGAGCUCACUCUGGAAACUACACAACCAUCCCACAGUACUUUAAAUCUAAGGGCUACUUCACCAUGUCUGUAGGCAAGGUAUUUCACCCAGGUAAGGUCCAUAACCAUGGACAUUAUUAUCAACAGAAUCUUAUAGGGGGAUAAUGCAGGGCACACCAAACAAAUGCUGUACCAUGCUGAAUGCAUGACUCUGGAGGGGAGGCAAGAACUAAAAUGUGACACAGUGGUUAAUACUGAGUUUAAGGAGAGCCAAUUCUGCAGGAUUCCUUGCCUACAUGUUGAAAGUCUUCCUUUUUGUUUUCUUCUGUCUAACUGCAUAGUAAAGGUGUCGCUUUUUCUUCAAGGUAUCGCCUCUAACCACACUGAUGACUACCCAUACAGCUGGUCCACUCCAGCCUUCCACCCAGCCUCUUUCAGAUACGAAAAAGAAAAGGUAUGCAAUUUUUCAUAUGUUUUCAGUACGCAAUCACUUAUGCAUCUGACACUCUAGUUAAAAAAGUACACAUUGCAAAAGUGACACAAUAAGAAAAUGAAACAAACCAAUGUACCACAGUAAAGCAAAACAAGCACAAUGGCUUUUUGACUCUAAUAGUUAGUUUAUAUAAGCCAGAUAUGAUCUGGACUCUACAGGGCUCCUGAAAACCAGUAUGUGCAUCAUACUUGUUCACAGAAAAACCUUACUACCACCAAACUAAUUAUCAUUCAAACUGGCAUACCAACCACAGACUUGGCCCAUGCAACAUUUGUGAAGUAUUAAAUUUUAAUUUCAGCAGUCUCUCAAUCUUAUUUGAAGUGUACAUGUGGUACAGCAUAGGAUCAUGACAAAAUACUAAAUUAACACAGCAGAUUCUGUGGCAUACAGAAAUAAACUGUCAUUUAUUUCCUCCUCUGAAGUUUGCUGCUUCUUUUAUCAGACGGGCUGUUUGAGAUUGUUUGUUUGUAAAAUUGGUGUUCCAUUGUCUGUCCUAACCAUAGACUGUGGUCCUCACGUUCAGGGAUCUGAAGUACUCUAGAUAUGUUAUCAUGCCUGUUGAGAUUCAGGGGAAAAGGUUAACCAAUCAGUAGUUCUACAGUGAAUUUAAAGAAAACUUUACCUGGUGUCAGGUGGCUUUCUCUCUGUUUCAGUGAAUGUGUUAGGUAUGGAUAUUUAAAAACUUUGUUCACAGGUAUGCAAAGGAAAAGAUGGCAAACUCCACACCAACUUACUGUGUGCAGUGAAUGUGACGGAACAGCCCGGGGGAACCCUGCCUGACCUGGAGAGCACAGAUGAAGCCGUGAGGUUACUGAAAAGCAGAGCCAACACCAAGGACCCUUUCUUUUUAGCUGUGGGCUUUCACAAACCACACAUCCCUUUCAGGAUACCACAGGUAAACAUCUUAAUAUUUGAACCAGUAUACCUUCUGUAUUUCUUGACUCUAAACACACACAUUAGUUAUUUCAUACUGUCAGAAAUUAGAGCUGGGAAAGUUUUAUUGCUGAUGACUAUAAACAAAAUAACCACAAAAUAUCAUUUAAAAGGUGCAGGGUGAUAGUAUCCCCAAAAUUCACAUUACUAGAGCUGUGCUCAAGUUAUCAAUACAGCAAUAUACAGUAUCAUCAUGCUGUCCUAGGGCAGCAAGUCCUGUGAGAACAGAUUUGAGACUUACACCCUAUGGUGCAGUGCAAAACAAAGCCAACAGAGGGCAGUAGAAGCCAAACUGACUGAUGCUGUGCACUCCUAGAGAAACUGUGCCCAGUUUUGGAAGCAUGUGUUGAUGAGCCCAUGCCCAGGUACGCUUCCUUUAAACCUGCCUUGAUUUGGUGGUCUGUUUGCAUGGUAAUGUUGGUCAUGCAGGCUUGAAAGCACAAUGCAGUAAAGCACCUUUUUUUUUUUUUUUUUUUUUUUUUUUGAACUGUCACCCAAAGGCCACAUCACAUUGACACAGCAGUACAGAGAAAACAGCAGGACGUGAAGGCAAUAAUGAGGAGGAAAUCUGACACCUGUAAUGGCAGGAGGAGGAUAAUUAAUGAUCAGAUAGAGCAUAUAAAUGCAUGAGGGUAUCAAUGCAAGUGAGGCAUCCAUCAUCUCUGCAAUCUCCCACAAGCCUAAAAUAAACGAGUUUCAGAAAAUAUUUAUUGAUUUAAGAGCGUAUUAGCUGGUUUAACAGAAUGGAAAUAGUGGUGCAUUAAUAACAUCUCACACAUAUGUUGUGACUGAGCUUGUAUUAACACUUGAGACUGUCCUGUUUCAGCUUGAGUGUAAACUCAGUAUGUUUGUUUGAACUUGAAAGUUGGAGGUUCACAGAUUUUAGGUCUAAAAUGAUGUGACUGAUACAUCUUUCCUUAGCCGCCUCAUUAUCUUCAGUUCAUUACUGACAUCACUCAAUCCCUCCAAAAUCCAAGAUGAGGAUGGGAACAGGUCAAGCCAGCUUCGUGUGAGCACGCUUUGUACACAAAAUGUGACCUCACUCCACCACCUUGUAUGAAGUAAUCUUAAUCAGAAGUGCUGUUCCUAAAAAGCUCACGAGCAGUAUGCCACAAACCUCUGAGAUCACCUUUAGAGCUUGUUGGUCAAAGAAAUCCAAGUCCUAAAAAAUCUGAAACUCGCUGUGCUCUCAGUUCCUGAUAAAGGAAGGUUCUGUCACCAAGUUCAUUAUGAUUUUUGGGAACUAAAGCAAACAGAGAGAAGUCAAGGGCAACAGGAUUGCCUGCUGCAUUUUCACAUAAUUACUGACUUCAAACCAACUUAACAACUGAGGAUCACAAUAAUGCACAUCUGCCUUUUGAUUUAGAUUUGUAACCUGGUUGAGUGACCCUGUUUGUGACUUGUUUUUCAGGAAUUCUUAAGUCUGUAUCCUCUAGACCAAAUGACCUUAGCCCCUGAUCCACAAGUCCCUCGACUCCUUCCAUCUGUAGCCUACAAUCCUUGGUUGGAUGUGAGAAAGAGAGAUGAUGUUCAAAAACUAAACAUAAGCUUCCCCUAUGGUCCAAUACCCACAGAAUUCCAGGUAUGAAAGGUAGUCUCGUUACGGUUGUUUAAAGUCUGAUUUGGCUUACUUGCUCCUCAACUCAACAGAAGAAAUAAUAUUCUUAACCAUGUCUUAAAGCUGCGUAUCCGCCAGCAUUAUUAUGCCGCGGUGUCUUACAUGGACGCUCAAGUGGGACGGCUGCUUAGUACUCUGGAUGAGCUGAGGUUGGCAGACACAACAAUGGUGGUGUUUACUUCAGAUCAUGGUUAGUGACACAAAGAGUUCUUUACAAAGGUUUAGAGUGUUCACAACUUAGAAAUGUUUCUAUUGAAAAUACAGUUAUAGGUACAUUUUUCAUUUCUUUACCACUGCAUAGCAGUGAUGUGUUCACACACUCACCCUUUCAUUGAUAUCUACUGACCAAAAAACUUUCUAAAUCUGUUUUUUUUUUAAAAAUCAAACUUCAGGUUGGUCUUUGGGGGAACAUGGUGAAUGGGCGAAAUAUUCAAACUUUGAUGUGACUACACGUGUCCCUCUUGUAUACUAUGUUCCUGGCAUCACGACCAUACGUGAGUGGCUGGGGGAGCCAACCUUUCCCUUUAUUGAUGUCUUCAGCCAAUCUAAGUUCAACUUUAAAAGUAAGACCCGCCCCCUUCUCUCUCAAUCUAUCAGUCUGUCUGUCAACUUCAUCAUAGAUACUCAGAAAAUAACUUUAAAUUACAUGUAUACAUACUGUAUGAAUUUCAUACGUGUACACAUGUAGAGCAUGCUGCCUCACUGCCAUUAAAUUCCAAUGAAGAAUCCUGUUUAUAUGAGGAUGUACUAUGAUAUUUGCCCGUGACCAUUUUCACUGUUCAAAAAACUGUAAGCAUCACUGACUCCUCUCUGUUCUAGCGAAAAAAGUGAUCAGAAAUGUGGUGGAGUUGGUGGAUGUUUUUCCCACUACAUCCUACCUGGCUGGCUUGAGAGCACCUGAACCUUGUCCGGAUGUUUCUUUCCAGGUAUGAAAGACUGACAAAUGUAUUUUACUCUUUGCUUUCAGUUAAAGUUUUAUAUUUGUGGACUUGAUUUAGUCUCAAAAUUGGUAGAAAGGUUUUUUGUGUUGUUUUGUUUUGUUUUCUCAAUGUGUUUGGUUAAAGGCAGCAGGUCGCAUACUGUUUGCUGCCAGUGUUUUCAGACACAUAAACAUUGACUGGUCUUAGAUUUAACAGCCAAAAUCUCACAGAUGUAACCACAAUGUAUUUGUUGAGAUUAUUGUUCAGACAAAAAACGCCAGUGUGCACCACUUCUCGUAAUGAUGCCUUGGGCCUCCCAGUUCAGUGGGCUGUAUGCUAAAUCAACGUUGUUAGACGAAUACAGAGACAAUAACUUGAAGGUCUUCUGUUUCAUUUUUGUUUUAUUGAAAAUUGUAUAAAUGUUGGUUCUAACUCAUAUAAUCUUGUUGUGGUUAAACUUGAACAGAUUAUUUUCACCAUCUCUGUAGUGUUGGUCCCAGUGUAGGUAGCCAAACCAGAGAUAUUGAGAGUUAGGAACAACAAUAUGGACUCUUAACAUACAUUCUUUUGUUUUGGUCUGUUUUUGCUUCUAGAGGGACUUGUGUACAGAGGGAGACAACCUCGCCUAUACCUUCCGACACAGAGAGAGAGGAGAGGAUGAGGAAGCUAUAUCGUUCAGCCAGUACCCACGGCCAGCUGACACACCACAGGUUUCACCACAAGCUUUAACACGCUGUCUACAUUUUGGGGGACAUAGUUUGGAUAGAGAGAGACAGAAAAUGAGGAGAGAGAGAGAGAGAGAGGAGAAUGAGAUGCAACAAAUUAUGUUGGGAUCAGAAAUCCAUUAAUGCAAUGAGGGCUGUAGAAUAUGUAAGAAGAGCACCUGCUCAACCAGCUGAGGCAUACCGGCCUCUGCUGUCACUCAGGGCUCUGUACCAGGACAACACUUGUUUCCACCUCGAAUUCUGGUUUGUUUGAUUACCUGUACCUGGUGUUAGAGGGUGGCGGUGAAUUGUGUCCUGGAUUGUCCCAGGGCCAUCAUAAGUAGGGGAGAUCUAAAAUAACUAAUCGAGUUGAGAGCUGCAGGUUAAAACUGUUGUAAACACUCUUCAGGGUUCCUCAUAGAUUCUCCCCAGUCUGCCUGGGGUUCUGGAUUAUCUGGUUUAUUGAAGAGGUGACACAGGAAUCAUGUGUGUCCUGAAAGUAUUUACCUUGAAAAGAAGAGAGUGAAACAAGGAGAGUCUUUGGAGCUGUUGUUUUGAAACAGCGGUGAGCCAUGUUAGCUGACUCUUAUUCUUCUUCCAGGUGAACUCUGAUCUUCCAGAUCUUCAAGAUAUAAAAAUUAUGGGCUACUCCCUGCGUUCCUGGGACUACAGGUACACUCUGUGGCUGGGAUUCAACCCUAAUACAUUUCAGGUUGGUGUGUCACACAAAGUCUUUUCCUUCUUUUGUGAGCUGUCUGGUUGGAUCAGGUUGAGCUGCAUCCAUGUGAGAGACCUAUGAAUCUAUGUUCAGUUAAUGUUCGAGGCAUUUUUCGUCAGAAUCAGAGAUAAAAUAUAUGUCCUUUAUAUAUCUAGGUCAAUAUUUCUGAUGUCCAUGCUGGAGAGUUGUACAUGUUAGCAGAUGACCCUGGUCAGGAUAACAACAUCUACAGCAGCUCUGACCACAGUGGCCUCCAGAGAAAGAUGGCCAGAAUACCUUAUGUGAGUUUGAAUUUUCAUAUGCUCCUUUUUUGCUGUCUUUGCUUUUUUGCUGACUUUUUUUGUCUUUUUUUUUUUCUCCCCAGACUGUGAAUCUCCAGACCAGGAUGAGGCUGCAGCUCCUCUACCUCAGGGCAGGGACGAAAAGGAAGAUGUGGUUAUAAUAAAAGACAAGUGGACUAAUGAACCGGGAUUGGCACAAAGGGAAGAUGGACAUCUAGACCUAUAAAGGGAAACAAUCAACAAUGUCUGAUGGCAUCAUGCGCACAUGAUUCAUUAUUAUGUUGUAUCUUCAUAGAGGAGCUCUGCAGGACAUUAUUUUUUUAUGAAGACUCUACAGCAGAGCUGGUUUAAACAAAUGAAUAAAAUUCAAAUCAAAGCACAUGGACUGUUUCCUUUCUUACCUGCUCAGGAACUGCAGAUGGAGUCCAGCUGAAUCUGCUACAGCACCUGUCCUCUCAGUACAGUACUUACUCCAUUACCUCCCAUCAUCAGGACAGAGGAGACCAUCUUUAGGGGACUGAAUGUCUUGGUCCUAGCUCUAGUCUUAGCCAAACCUCAUUUUCAUUUUUUAUUUUUCUUUUACAUUUAUGAUAUAAUAACUAGGAAUUCAUCCUCCGUACCUGCUUUACAACUAUCAUCUAAAUAAAGAGGAGAAAGUUUCUGCUUGAAAA